AUGGACUCACCAGCAGCAAGCACCACCAUCCUCCUCUCAGAACCACUCCCACUCUCAUUCCCUUCGAUCCUCAUCAACCCAAAACUCAAGCAUCUCUCCAGCCAACUCCCAAAGAACCACCAUCGCCCCCAGAAAACAGACCCAUCCAGCGCCGACACUCGGCCGAUCGGCAAACGGAGACUGCAGCGGGUUGCCAAUGCUCAAUUCAGCUCGAAUCCCCAUGUCAGUCGGCCGACAAGUCGGGACUAUCAACUCUGGACGGCAGACCCGCAGGUGAAGUUCCCCACCCCGCCGCCGCGAGGAUAUCCGAGUUCGCUAUACAUUCCGCCGGCGGAGCCGAUCCCGCUCGACCCGUUUUCGGCGACGAUGGGCGCGUUCAACCGGUCCUUGAAGGGCGUGCGGAAGAACAUCCAGCGGCUUGUUGGGGCCCAUCCAUCCGUAGAGGGUGGACCGGGGCCGGUGGAGGAGAUCCUGCUGAAGAUUGAUGAGCAACUGGCGCGCUGGAUCGACUCGCAUACGGUUUGGAAGACGACGGAGACGGACUACUCACGGACGAUCGUCGAGCCUACUCCCUGGCCUUCGCCUGCGCCCCUGAGAGACAAGCCUCUAUCGGAGCCCUGUUCGGAGCCGUCGAUUGUCGAGAUCAGUCGCUCCCCGCACAUGUUGAACUGGGAAGUCCGGAACCCCUUCGGCCGAUAUCUGGUGCACUGUGUGGCCCGUUAUUACGGCAUCGUCUCCUUCUCCCGUCCGGCCGCCUCCCCCGCCUCCGAGCCUGCACUACCCGGCUCACAGCGAACAGUGGUCUGCAUGGUCAAGGCCCAUUUCCCCACCCAAAGAGGCUCCCGGAUCGACGGUAACCAGUCCCUCGAUACGCCUCCCACCACCGACCUCGACAGCGAACUGUCGGCACCCGAAGUCCUGUCUGAAGACUCUGGCGCACUCACCGACGGCGCACUCACCGACGAUGAGCGCCCACCUCCACACACCAUCCCCCGGCCCUCCCUACCACCUGUCCUUCCGACAUCCAUCCGAGUCGACCAGCCUGCCAAGCUCCUCUCCAACCAUCCUGGCCUCUCCGAUCCCGAGGCUGCUGAUCACUCGUCCUUGGACUCCUUUGGGGAAGACAACGACGAGGAUGAGCGAGAGUCUACAGCCAGUAGUGCUAGAGACGAAAACAGAGCCGAAUGGACAAGCCUUGGCGACCAACAAGACCCCAACCAAACCAUCACCGCUCACUCUCUCUCUUGUAUUGUCCAACCUACCCCGGCUCUUCUCCACACUUCCGCCACCAAUAGCCCAAUCAAAAAUCCAAUUCCUACUACUACUGCUUCUCCUCUCAAAUCAUCGUCUGUUAAACUCUGCAUCGACCGUCCCCGGCUCGGCUUUUUGGAGUGGGUUAGGAGUUGA